AUGGUGCAGCAGCUGGGCCCCCUGGGUGAGGCUGGUUGGGGCUCUGGGAUCCUGGGGAGGGGGACACAGGGAGUGGCCAGCACAGGUCUCAGCUCGCCCAGGCUCUGGGUCCACGCUCUGCCCAUUUCAGAUGAGGAAGAGUUGAUAACCAGUAGUAUCAGACAUUCUCCAAAAGACUUUGGAUUCCGACAGAUUCACGGCCUCAAGUACUUUGCAGUAGAGCAGGUCUCCAAGGUCCCUAAAGUCCUCAGCUCCAGGGGCGAACAUUCAAAGCAGGAGGAAAUCUACCAGAAACUCACCCAGCUGAAGGCUGGGAUCUGGAUCCCCGCCCUGAGCCAUUCCCACCACCACCACCCAGAUUGCCUGUGCCACCCUUGUUUCUGGGAGUGGACAUUCUUCCAAGGAAACUGUUACUUCUUCUCUAACUCCCAAUGGAACUGGUACGAUGCCAUCACUGCCUGCCAGGAAGUUGGGGCCCAACUGGUCGUAAUCAAAACUGCUGAGAAGCAGAACUUCCUACAGGUACAGACUUCUACGAGUAAUCUGUUCACCUGGAUAGGGCUUUCUGACUUGAAACAUGAAGGCAUAUGGCACUGGGUGGAUGGUUCAUCUCUGUUGCUCAGCUUCAUGAAAUAUUGGAACAAAGGGGAACCCAACAGCAGUGGGGAGGAAACUGCAGAAUUUAGAGGAGAAGGCUGGAAAGACUCCAAAUGUGAUAAUAGCAAGUUCUGGAUCUGCAAGACAACUGCAGCCUCCUGCUCCAGCAACUGAAGUCUGGUUGUUACCGUCAUUCCCUGCAGCCCCAACCCAACUGCUGGGUUGCAGAACUUCACCCACACGCCAGGGUUUCUUCUCCCAGUCUGCAGGUGUGGAGAUCUUGACAAAAGCUCCAAGACUUUUGUCAAAUUCCUCAUCCUUAAUGGGCACUGGCCUACUGGCUUUAUGGGCUUGGGUCCACCUCUGCCCCUCCUCUGGUUCCUCUUAGUUCCCCAUGGCUAAGAGGUUGAAUUCUGGGCCUUUCUUGGAGAUUAAUAAAUAGGCCUGGUGUGGGAUACAAUUGGGUGCUUUCUGUGUUCCAUCAGUCUACUCUCUCCCUUGCCAAGAUCACAGUUUGGGUUGUUGCAUCCCCUCAGAUUUUAUCAUGUCCAUGCACACCUUCCAUUUGUUCAAAUUCCAUCCAGCAUUAACUACACUGAUUUCUGGAGCCCAUUCUGCAGGUUGGAAGCACAAGGCAAUUAAUGCCCCUAAUCAACCAUGACUUGGGAGUUGGUGUAUAAUCACCCCAGCUCCCUCCCCUCUCGAUGAUGUGGUGGACACUGGGAUGGGCCUCCUAGAUUCCCCUUCAAGGAAGGACAUGUUGCCCCAGCUGCUGGGAGGACUCUUGGUAGACUCCUUUGGAAAUAGACUAAGCUGCAGAAAGCCACCUUGUCCAAGGUCAUGCCCCUUCCCAAUGCAGUGUACAUCAAUGCAGGGAGAUAAAGAUGUGGCAACCUUGGUUUAAUGUGGGGCAACCGGAAGGACCAUUUUGGUUUCAGAGCUCCCCAUGGGGGUGACCUGUAGCUGUUGUCAGACCUGCUCAGCUUGGUGUCUCUCUCGGCCCAUUCCUGCUUCCUUCUCCUCUCUUCCAUGGAUGUUGACCCCAGUGAUGCUCUUUAAUGAGCAACUUGAGUGUUAGACUCCACCUCACUCAGAGUCUGCUUCCCAGAAAAGCCAGCCCACAAGAGGCAGGAUAACUACACCAUUAGGUCAUUAGUGGGACUGAGCCUCAUUUGCCCACAUCAGUCACCUGAUCAUCAGUGCACCCUGGAUUGGCUCUUCCCCUUCCCUGUCUCACAUUCUUGCUCCUCUACUGGUGUUUCUUGGGAUCACUUUCCAGGUAAACUGCUUCAUCCAAAUUGUUGUCUCAGGCUCUGUUUCUGGAGAAGCCCAAGCCAAGAUAACAUAUCUGUUAUGGAUUGAAGUGUGUUUCCCCCAAAUAUGUGUUGAAAUCCUAACCCCUGUAUCUGUAAAUAGGACUCGGUUUGAAAAUAGGAGUUUUUUUGUUGUUGUUGUUGUGUUAACAAGGUCAUAUCAGGUUAGGUCCUAAACCUAACCACUUCUGAGUUAUAAAAAAAAGCAGAAUAGACCCAGAAACAUACACAGGGGGAAGACAAACUCCAAGGAACACCAAGGAUUGCCAAGGAAUGCCAAGGAUUGAUGACAGUUUCCAGAAACUAGGAGAGGGGCUCCCAGAAGGAAUCAAUCAACAUGUCUGAGACCCUAAUUUGGACUUUUAGCCUCCAGAACUGUGAGAAAAUAAAUUUCUGUUGUUAAAUCUACUCACUGGUGGAAUUUUUGUUACUGUGGCACUAGGUAACCAAGAGAAUAUCUCAUGUUUUGAUAUCUGCCAGGCAUCAGUCUUCUCUAUCAACAUUUUAUUGGCUAGUCUUGUGUGAUAUUGUUUUUUCUUUUCUCACAUUUCAAAAAUAAAAGUGGAACUCACAUAAUAUUAAAAUUAACCGCUUUAAAAUGUACAGUUUGGUGGCAUUUCAGGACAUUCACCGUGUGGUACAACCACCACCUCUGUAGUUUCAAAAUGUUUUCAUCACCCCCAAAUGAAAUUUCAUACCCAUUAAGCAGUCACUCCCCGUUUCCGUACCCCCUCCCCAGCCUUUGGCACCCACUAAUCUGCUUUCUGCCUCUGGAUUACCUACUCUGAAUAUUUCAUGUAAAUGAAGUCACACAGUCUGUGUGUCCUUGUGUCCGGGUGGUAGCAGGCACUAGUACUUUAUUCUUUUCUAUGAGUGAAUGAUAUUCCAUUGUAUAUCUGUACCACAAUUUGUUUAUCCACUCAUCCGUUGGUUGCAAUUUCUUUUUAAGAUGCUUUUAAAAUUCACUAUAGCUUUGAAUGUUCUAAUAUACUUUUUGAAUAAGUAAUUGUGCCUAUAGAACCAACAUGUAUAAAUCUAUACAGUGAAAACUAAAGCCCCCUCUCUCCCCAACCUCUGAUAUCAAGAGGUUACCUCCCUCGUUUUACCCUCUUUAUUAUAUCCCAAGUGACCCACUUGUCAAGUUGGUUUUAAAAUCUGUUUGGCAACUCUUUGAUACCAUUUAAAAAUUUGAUUUGGUCUUCCUUACAGAAAAAUUGCAGUUAAUAAAUGUAUGUGGAGAAAAGGAAAUAGGAAACCACCCUUAAAACACCACAGUAAUAAUUGCUGCAGGGAAGAUCUAAGAAUGGAUGCUAAAAUUCAUGGGUGAGACUUUAAGGGGAAGCAGGAUAUUUGCAUAACCUCAAAGUAUCUCCUCCUCCAAGUAUCUAUUAAUUACUACAGAGGUUUUAACAUAUUCUUAUAAAUUUUGUAUACGCCUCUCUCUAGGAGGCUGUUUUAAUUUUCCAGGGCUGCUGUAACAAAAUAUCCUGAUCGGGUGGCUUAUAAGAACAGAAGUUUCUUGACUAACAGCUCUGGAGGCUUCUUGUUGUUGCUGUUGACUCCGACUCAUGGCGAACCCCCUGUGUUAUAAAGUAGAACUGCUCCACAGGGGUUUCUUGGGUGUAAUCUUAAUGGAAGCAGAUUGCCAGGCCUUUUAUUCCGUGGUGCCAGUGGGUGGGUUUGAACUGUUGUGGAGACUAAAAGUCCAAAACCAGGGUGUCAGCUGUGUUGAUUCUAUCUGAGGACUCUGAGAAUCUCUUCCAUGUACCGUGAUAAUUUAAGAUGUCGAUAACAUCAGGGGAAGCCGGGUGAAGAGUAUCCAGGAAUUCUCUGUACUGUCUUUGCAACUCAUCUGCCAAUCUAAAAUUAUUUCAAAAUAAUAAGUAUUUAAAAGACUCAAAUCUAUUUGGCUGUGAAUACAAUUAAUGUCACUGAAUCGUUAACUCAAGAGUGGUUAAAUUGGCAAAUUUUAUGUUACGUAUAUUUUACCAGGAUGAAGUUGUAUUUGUUUUUUAAAUAAAACAUUAAUUUAAAAAAUAAUAUGGUGUUGGUGCAGGAACAGGUAACCAGGUAAAAUGGAAAUAAUAUCUUAUGAUUAGAGUAGAUAGAAGAUGUUCACUAUAUAGAGAAAAUGGAAACUACCACAAGUGUAGAUAUGGCUUUAACAAAGAGAAAUUUAUUUUCUCACAGUUUAGGAGGGUAGAAAUCCAAAUUUGGGGUGCCAUCUCCAGGGGAAGGCUUUCCGUCUCUGUCGGCUCUGGGGGAAGGUCCUUGUCAUCAGUCUUCCCCCGGUCUUGAAGCUUCUUGGCACAGGGAACCCUAAUCCAAAGGACUCCUGUCUCUUGUUUCUUGGUGGUAUGAGGUCCCCCUGUCUCUCUGCUCACGUCUCUCUUUUAUAUCUCAAAAGAGAUUGAUUUAAAACAAAACCUAAUCUUGUAGAUUGAGUCCUGCCUCACUAACACACUGCUUCUAAUCCUGCCUCAUUAACAUAGAGGAAGGAUUUACAACACGUACAUGGGAAAAUCAUAUCAGAUGACAAAAUGGUGGACAAUCACACAAUACUGGGAAUCAUGGCCUAGCCAAGUUGACACAUAUUUUGGGGGAACAAAAUUCAGUCCAUGACAGAAUAAAUCGCUUCUUUGCACCAUGUACGAAAGUAGACUUUAGAUAGAUUACAGAGCUAAAGGUGAAAGACAAAACUAUUAGGUUAAUUGCACAAUGUUAAGUGCUCAGCUGCUAACCAAGGGUUGGUGGUUCAAACCCACCCAGCAGCUCUGUGGAGGAAAGGCCUGGUGACCUGCUCCCAUAAAGAUUAUAGCCUAGGAAACCCUAUGGGGCAAUUCUCCUCUGCCACAUGGGGUCGCUAUGAGUGGGGAUCAACUUGACGGUACCCAACAACAACAACAAUUGGAGAAAAUUCAGGCAGAUAUCUUUAUGACCUAGAGUUGUAGAAAAACUUCUUUAGGGUGAUCCCAAAACAAAGGAAGACAAAAGAUGCAUUUGAUUAUAUCCAAAUUAAGAAUCUCUGUCAAACAAAAAAAAAGACACCCUAAAUAAAACUAUCAGGCUGGUAGCACACUGGGGGAGAUCACCGCAACACCUAAAACUACAAAGGGAUUGAUUUCUGGGAUAUGCAAAAAUAAUUUUGUAAAUAAAAAGUACAAAACCCAAGAAUGUGAAGAACCCAUUUACAGAAGGAGAAGUGUGACCCUAAUACCUUGCAACAUGUUUUCUUCUUUUCAAAAUGGGUGAUUGAGAGCUUGACAUAACUAAUGCCAUAAUGAUACUGUAAGUAAUCUGUAAGCAUUUUUUUUUUUUUUAAUUGCACCAGUUGCUCUGGUCUCUUUCUAAAGGAAUGCAGACCUCUCUCGGCUCAUGGCCUUGGUCUGUCUCCUCAUCUUUGUUCUCUUGAGAAAUGGCCUUCAGCCUGCAAGACGGCAGCUGGGAAGGCUGCCUGGCACUUUUGGUCUGUAGCUUUCUUUCUUGCUCUUUAUUUCUAUCAGAGUGGACUUGGCAGGCCAGUUCCACCAGCCUGUUACAAACAUACAGAUUAGAGUCCCUAUGUCCAACAUCAACAUGCAUAUCUUUAGUUUAAUAAAGAGUUUCUUGUAGUUGUUUUGUGAUGUAUAUGACCGUCUAUGGGCUACGUGCUUAAAAACAUUAGGUAAUCCUUGCCAAAAUGAUACGUAAACUCUGAUGUAAAAGUUGCUUUUGGGGGACCCUGUAAAGAACAGUCUGCAUUGCUGUUGGGGCCCUCCUGUUGGUGUCACCUCCUAAUAAAAUUUCUCUCUCUUCCUGGCUUGGAGUACGUUUCAUUGGCUCAACUACUCCAGGGGACGAACCCCAAUCAGGUAACAGAAGCCUGAAGGUUGAGGUUGCAUUCGAAGAACGCUUAAAUUUAUUAGUACUCAAAAGACCUGAAAGCAGUGACAGGAACAGACUCACGUACACCAGUCUUCACUGCAGCACUAUUUACAACAACCAAAAGGUGGAAACAACCCAAGUGUUCAUCAACAGAUGAAUGGAUAAACCAAAUGCGGUCCCCACACACAAUGGAAUACUACUCAGCCGUAAAGAGAAAUAAAGUCCUGAUGCGUGCCACAACAUAGAUGAACCUAGAAAACAUUAUGCUGAACAAAAUAAAUAAGUUGCAAAAGGACAAAUGCUGUGUGAUCGCACUUAUAGGAAAUAUA